AUGUCAACUAUCAGCAGUCUUGUCCUCGAUCCACACGAGCUUGAGAUGAUCCAAGUAUUGGCCAACUUGUGGUGUUCAACCGAGAAUCUCGAGCUAUCAAUGAUCAAGUUACUCAUCAUUCUGUUCCUACAUCCGUCUUCGACAAAGUUUCAGACUUACCUGGCGCUCAUAGCCAUUCCUAGCAAUAUCCAAUUUGAGGGUGCAAAGGCCGAAGUGCUUGGAUGCUCUCAACUUCUGGACCGAUUGGACCAACUCAUGGUAUCUGAGUUUUCUCAAGAAAUUAUUGAACUCAUGGAUAGCCUCAGUUACGAACCAGCCUACUUGGAUAGAUUCGCGCCCUCGUCGCCAUCAAACUCAAAUCAAACCGAUAUCGCAUAUAUCACUAGGCUCCAAGAUUUAAUCAGUUUAAUCAAGCAUGAAGAGGUCAAAGUUUCUUGUAAAGCUGCUAGCGUGUUCCGCAGCCUUAUUGAAGCAUCCAUGGAAGUUGGUCAAGCAAUUGUAUCAGAUCACUCAUUGACUAAGAGUUUGUUGAAGACCUUCAAAAUUUGGUCUAAUGGCGAGCGCGAUUCGGACGGCUAUUACUUGUCGACAAGUGCGAACAUGUGUGCAGCAUUUCAGGAAAUCUACGAUAACCUCCCCUGCCCCUCAGAGGGCGAUCCUCCUCAACUCUUUGUCGACGACCGUUUGCAUUAUGGGCUCUGUCUAAUAGCCGACUUUUGCUCGCAGGGCAUGGAUCAUGGAGAUUACAAGGAUUGUCGGGAUGUCCGAGUGGAUAUCACGAGCCUCUCCAAAUGCAUCAUUGAGCAAUUUUACUCACGGAAAAAAUUCAAACACUAUAAUUUACAUAAACCCACCAACUUGACUGCCACAAUAAUCAAGCCCUGA